AAGAGAUUCUUUUACUCGUCAAAGCAACUCAGGAGACGUUUUGAAAUAUUCUGAAAUUGAAAAUUAGAUACAGGUGCACAAACUGCCCCGAAGUUAUUGGAUUUAUCCUAAUUCGUUCCAGACAAAAACACAAAUACAUGUAGGUCAGUUUACAGGCAAAUCCAAGUCCAGUCUGCAAUUCCAAUUUCUACAGUUAUUCACCUUGGAACGGGCCCCUAAAAAUGUACAGAAUGUCCAUAGGCGCAUAUCUGAAUUCUGUGGAAUUCCAUAAAGCAGCUAACAAGCUGAAGCUGGAUUCCUCUCUUGCAUGAUAUUGGAUGUAUUCAUUUGCAUUAUGAUGAGGUAUCUCAAUGAAUCAUUCAUGAGUUAGGGUCACUGUCAGUACAGUAGGUGUCACACCAAUAUAGCAUCAUGCUGGUUUUUGAGUACAUGUACUGUAUGUGUGCAGAUCCCCAUAUGUGUCAGUAGCUCAUGGAUUAUUCAUGACUGGUUAUUCUGGAAGACAGUCACGCAGGCUGUACUAUUUUGGUUCGGGAUGCCGUACUGUGCAGUUGACACUAGGCAAAGUUCUCGGUUGUGCAUUGAAUGGACUGUCAAUAACUUCUGAUUUGUUAGGUGUACAUGUACACGUGCAAUGUAUAGAGAUUUUGCCUAGGAGGAACUAUGCACUAAAACAUGAGGCAGAAGUCAACCACCUGGGACAUUGAUGCUGCACCCUUCCGACGAAAUCACCAUGAAGAAGUUAACGUUGAAACUGGAUGCGAUUUGCGCAAAGCUGAAGGAGGGACUUGCCGGACCUCUGGCGGAUGGCGCACCCAUCAACGGUGUGUCACUAGAGUGCCGGGGUGUCCCCGUCACGGAACAUUACUCAUCUUCUUCUCCCAGGAAGGAGAUCUUGAACGGGUCUGAGAGUGGCGUCUCGCCCUGUCUAAGCGCCAAUGAGCUGGACAGCGAAUCUGUGAACAGUCAGGAUGAAGGGAACGAGGAAAAUGGGUUCCUGGACACAGACACACCCAUGAAGACAGGCCUGCUCAAUGGCCAUGUGGACACAACCAAGGUACUCAGUGGUGCAAGCAAGCGUAAGGCCAGGCUAAAACUGGCUCCCCGCCGUUUCUUGGACUCGACAGAUUCUCACCUGCCGCAUGAGAACGGCUACUCAGACUCACCACUGGUGGACAGAACAUAUCCGAGAGGUGCGGGGUCUUCAAAGACAAUCAAUGGAGGAUGCAGCAACAAAUCUCAGGGAAGUAACACAAGCGAUUCAACCUCUAUGCAAAUUUCUUUGUCUCGUCGGGACCUGGACCUGGACUAUCAAGGCAAUAAUUAUUUUCACAGAUCAGCAGCCGACGGCACCCUCAGUGACCCAUCAAGCCCAGGCGGUGAACAAGGGCAGGAUGCCACACCGCUUUGGUACGCAGACGAUUCUCCAAGCGAGAACAGUGAUUACUUGGACAUCUACCCAGAGGAAGACGGGGACGAUGAGGACAGUUUGGGGGAGCUAGACACAGCUCCUAACCCAGCAAACUUGAGCAAUCUGAAAGCAAUACAGGAGUAUGCCGAGCGGAGCUUGACGGAGGACCAAACGGGUCAGCCGAUUGAGGAGGGCCUGGCUACAAACGACGUCAUCUGUGAACUUGCCGAGGAAGGGGGAGCAGAGGAGGCAGAACCCUCGUCAGUGAUGCAGGAGGAGAUGGAAAGGCCCUCCCUAGACACAAUGAGCAAAAACACCAAUGACAAUGACGAGGACAAAGAUGAUGAAGAUUACGCUGUCCCAACAGACUCUAGGCCCAUCCCCUUGAAGAUACCUGUCAUUGGCAAAAGGGACAAGCAUGGAAAUCCGUACGACCCAUCAGCCGUGCAGGAGUACGCCAGUGACACCAUGAAUGAACUCAUAGGAAUGUACGGGUUUGAGGAGGGGUCCAAUCCAGACAUUGCAAAGGAUGUGCCAUUAGAUUCUUUCAGCUUUAAAAAUAUACAGAAAAUGGAAGAGAAGAAUGCGAGUGAACGUAAAAAAGAUGCCCUCCAGAAGUACAUCCAUCGACACGCCAACCUCCAUGUCCCAGAUCUGACCCGGUUUCAUGGAGCACGCUCCAGCACCUCUCCAGAAGACACUGGUUCCCAAUUGCCUCUGAGUACCUGUGACAGUAGCGACAUCCCCAACCAGGGCAGUCUGCUCGGGAGUGAUGCCACGCCACAGUUGGCCUCGCAAGCUGGCGUCGGAGGCAAAGUGGCCUCGUUACCGCAGGCUAGCGAGCCUCAGUCUAAGAUGAGACUUGCCCCACCGUUGGGGAAGACAACAAAGACCGUGAAGGACCUCAUCAAUGAGCAGAAAGGGAGAGAAGAAGGGGCAGAGUUAGAGGAGGGGGAUGAAGAUUUCCGACCGCGACGGUUCUCCAAGUACGACUUCUUCAUUCAGAGCUUAGAAGCAGGUCAAGCGAUCGACUAUUCGGCCCAUCGCAUCUCCAAAUAUGACAGCUACAUCCGCAAGUUGAAAGCAGGUGAGGCCAUACACAAAGUCAUAGGUCGAAGGCAGAGCGCGUCGCAGAAGAUCCGGGACAUUAUUAGCACCCAGAUCCAUCGGAAGCAUGAACAGGGCAGUGAUGGGGCACCCGGAGAUGAAGAGGAGGAUAAUGAAAUAGUGAGUGAGAAGACAGCAGAAGCCUUCAAUCCUAUCGUCAACAACCACAUCAAGACCUCCAAGUAUGCCUCCAAGUACGACUACUUUCUCAACAAGCUCCGGAAAGGCGACGACGUCAACCCCUUCGAGAUCACCCUGUCUAACGCAGCCUCGACCUCCGGCUCUGAGACAACCUCAAACAGCGGUCCCUCACCGUCCACCAGCAGCCAUGGAGCACUGCUGGACUACACUGGCCAAGCGGGGGACCAGGGAAAUCUGGUCAUUACUGAGGAACCAGAGCAGCGCGAGCUAUCCUUUGCAGAAGGGACAGGCAAGAGGAACAUCUCCAAUGGCCUGGCCAAGAUGGUCAAAGAUGAGAUCACGCCGGGAGAGAUGAAUGUCUUCAGCAAGUACAUCUCAAGAUACUCUGGUUCAGCGCAUUGUGGCCAUCUGCAUUGUGUCUACCAAUACAAAGAACAUUACCAUUGCAACGAUGAAGGCUGCAAUUUUGCUAGAUUCACACGUAAGGAGGAUGUCGUCCGUCAUUAUAACUGGCACAAGAGACGCGAUAACUCCCUCCAGCAUGGCUUCAUGCGUUUCAGCCCCUCAGAUAACUGCAGUCCUUACUACCCAGAUUGCACCAUCAACCUCAAGCAUACCCACUACCAUUGCUUACAGAGUGGCUGCAACAAGGUCUACACUAGCACCUCCGAUGUCCUGACCCACGAGAACUUCCACAAGAAGAACAUGUCCCUCAUCAAUGAGGGCUUCCAGCGCUUCCGGGCCACGGAGGACUGCGGCGUGCCCACCUGCACCUUCUACGGCCAUAAGACCACACACUUCCACUGCCGCCGCCCAGGCUGCGACUUUGUCUUCAAGAAUAAGUGCGACAUCGAGAAGCACAAGACCUACCACAUCAAGGAUGACAUCUACCGCAAGGAUGGGUUCAAGAAAUUCAGCAAACACGAGAAAUGCAAGUAUAACUGGUGCAAAUACUCCAACAACACCAACCACUUCCACUGCAUCCGCAAGAACUGUGGCUUUGUCUUCACUGCGGCCAACCAGAUGCAGUCCCACAAGCGUAAGCACGACCGGCGCCAGCGCAUCCUGGAGUACGAGGCAGCCCGCCACCAGCGAGGGUUCUCGCUUCGGCUGAUCCGUCCCAAGCCAACCCCGAGCAUGUCCGCCCUGAAGCGCCUCCGAGACGUCCCUGAGACCGUGCUGAUACAGGCGGACGGAUCGGUGUUGCCCCAGCGAGUCAAGCCCCUGGACUACCUCUCGUCUCCCUCCAUGGUGGCGUCUACCUCCCAGUCAGCCCUCACCCCCAUCACUGUGGCCGGUAAUCCAACAACCACGACGACUGCAGAGACGGACAAGCUUCCAUCGGCUUUUGUCAGCAUCAGCUCAGGAGGAAUGGCUGAAGAGGAAGGACUGAGUGACUCCCUCAAUUUGCCGGUUGCCUCUCACAUUUCUCCUCCACAAAUAGAUCCUGGAAUGGGCAGGGAGUCAGUUACCUCUUCGUCCCCAGCCCCGCCAGCGGCAGCAGCAGCAGCAUGCAUCGCCCUGGCCACAGCGGCCAGUCAGAGCAAUGCAGCUCCCGGCCGUGCCGCUAGCAACACCUUCAGCAGCUCGGGUACCAAGGAGGGUAAACCGGAAGAACCCUGGCAGAAGUACCUCAAGAGGUUCACAGCCAAUGACCCCUGCCGACCUCGCUGUGAGCUGCUAUACAAAGAUCACUACCACUGCAAGGUGGAGGAUUGUGGGGCAGUCUACAAGUCCAAAGAGGGCGUUAACAAGCAUGCUAGAUACCACAUGCUAUCAGACGAAGCCAGUGAUUUGGGAUUCCAGUACUUCCAGCAAGGAGAGAGCUGCGAGGAGCUGUUUCCAGGAUGCUCAUUCAGUCCGCUGGCUCACUACCACUGCAUGUGGAGCUUAAAACCUGGCAUCUACUGUGGCGAGGUCGUCCACACUGGUAGCUCGCUCAUGAAACCUCACUAUGAGAAACACAAGAUGAACCCUGAGCUGGAAUCCAUUCACAUCUCAGCAGUCAGCUUCUCCGAGGCCCAAGCCCAGAGCACACUCAAGGCCCCGACCACCCUAGCUCCAGCUUCCAAAUCCACCGCGACUCACACCCAGAGCUGUGAUGCUAACGAGGUCCCCGGUUCGGUGCCGGUGACCGAUCUACUUCCGAGUACUUCCUCCCCGGGGGUGGCAUCAGGUGAAGGCUUCAUCACCUGCGAGCCCGACGUCUGCACGGUGGAAGACUGCCCACACCGAGCCAAGCACCACUACCACUGUACCCGGGGCGAUUGCCAGUUUGCCACUGAGAACCAGGACAUGCUGAGAGACCACAAGGUCAACGAGAGCGUCAUCUUCCAGAGCUUCCGGCAAAUGAGUCGUAAGAUGGACUGUCGCCGACCAGGCUGUAAAUACAACCUCCUCAACAAGCACUAUCACUGUCUUCAUCAGGGAUGCAAUUUCUCCUUCUUACAGAUUCAGCAGAUGGAGAGCCAUGGCCGGAAACACAUGAGACGCAUCUACGGCAAGCACUUCAACAAGCCCGGAGGCUCUCUGAUAGGUCCACAGCAGCUUGUCAUACCCAUGGUUUCGGCCAGCUCAGUACCCUUCUCGUCAGCUGUGUCCAACCAGAUUAUGUUCUCCAGUGCCGCGCCCAUCCUUACGCUACCCUCAUUGACACCGAGCGUGGUGCCCAGUAUGUCAUCAACUAAUGCAGCCAUCAUGAAUGCCGGCAGUCUUGGGUUGAUGAGUGUCGGAAACAUGGGGGUGGUCAAUCAGGUCGGAGUACCAAUCCAAAUGAUCAAUCCCACAGUUCCGACCAGUUCCUCCAAGCCAUUGCCGCCAUUCAUGAUCCCACUGUCACCACUUGACGACGAAGAUGUCAACGGUAACCAAGCACAGCCAAGCACCAGCCAGAAUUAUGACGACCUGGUUCAGCUCAAGUACCAAUCUCUGGCUCUGAAGAAUCCGGAGGCAGCGUAUGCCGGAAUGGUGCCGACAUCUCGUAAGCGGUCUCUAAAUUUGAUCGAGGAGGACCCAGGAGCCCCUUCGGGAUACAAGCGCUAUAAACGGGGACCUUUAGAUUCUAUGAUGAUGGACCGGUUCCGCCGCUUCGACCGCAGCGAGUCCUGUGGUGAGGACGCCUGUCAGUUCAACAUGACCACCACUCACUACCACUGCCUCCAUGAGGAUUGCACCUACCGCUUCGCCGGCAAGACCAUGAUGUACAAGCAUGCCCAGCACCACGACCGGGUCAACAGCAUCAUCCAGAACGACUUCCGGCGCUUCAAGGCCAACCACGAGUGUGAGCAGGACAGCUGUCCCUACCAAGGCAACAGCACCCACUUCCACUGCCUACGCUGCACCUUCGUCUGCACGGACUCGGGCAAGGUGGCGGUGCAUCGCAAGCAGCACGCCAAGACGGACACCAUCUCAGCGGCAGGCUUCAAGCAGUACAGCAGCGCCGAGCCCUGCGGCUUCAUGGGUUGCAAGUACACCCUGAGGUACUCCCACUUCCACUGCAAUAGAGACGGGUGCACGCAAGGUGUGAUCGGGAUGACUCAGAUGGAGACCCACAGACGGAGACACAUGCUCAAUGUACGCGUCUAGUGAGUCGGGAUGGCAGAUCAUGUGCAAUCCAAGGUGAAGUCAACUGGCACGAGUCGCAUUUCUCAUUGGUCACCCCUGUGCAUCAUAGAUACCUAGAUACUUUGGUUUGUUCCCUGUGAAUCAUAGGUGCAUCCCUAAGGCCCAUCUUAGGUACACUUCAGUUGCAUAGUAGGCACUCUUCAGAAGCAUUUGCGUUGUAUCUUAGGUGCAUAGUUUGGUUUUAUUGUAGGGGAAUGUAAGUCACAGAUGCAGUAUAAUGCAGUGUGCAUGACCGGUCGAUGUUCUAUCACAAAGUAGGUGCAUGCAGCCAAGUAGGUGCGUGCAGCCUAGUAGGUGCGUGCAGCCUAGUAGGUGCAUGCAGCCUAGUAGGUGCAUGCAGCCUAGUAGGUGCAUGCAGCCUAGUAGGUGCAGAAAGAUAAAUCACUCUUCUCACUUGGUGCCUUUAAGGUGCAUCAAGAUUCAGCAGGGUUGUGUUGAAAUGAAGCAGGACAGGCAAGAUGGUAGCCUGGGGUGGCAUUCGCUGCAUAGGUGGUCCCUCAAAAGCACAGGUGGAACAAGCUUGUUAGUGGCAAGUCUCGGGUGCAUCACAGGUGUGCCACAGGUGCAAGGUUGAACAUUUGACUGGUUCAUUUAGAAGUACCUCCCCAGCUCAUUGGAUAUGCCAUGUAACCUCCGCAGAAAAAUGAUGAAUUAUAGUAAUUUAAGGGGUCCCAGAAGCAUCAUAUUAACAACUCCCUACUGCCAUAAAGUUUUAUAAAAUAUGCACGAGAAGAUGACCUAUAGUACAAAAAUGUCUUCUCCAAUUAAUACAACCUUAAAUUAGAAAGUCGUAUAUGCAAGUAGUUUGUAAAGUUAUAAUGCCCUUAAAAGUGUUUCCACAUUGUGGCAGCUUAUUUUGAAGUAAUACAAACUCAAGAUUUGUUCCAGUUCUGACACAGGAAGAUUCCAGCAAUAUGUUUAAGUUUCAUGUCUAUCCGAUAGAAAGAGAAAUAAAGUCACAAUAUAUUUUGACAAACAAAGAGAUUUUUUUAUUUCGCAUCGUUGCACUGAGCAUAACUGUGCUUGUCUUCCUUCUGCACCAGAAUGUUUUAUUUUAUGGCUUUUAUUAUUUUAGAAACAUCCAAAGUGCCAACCGAAAGGCCUUCCUACAAAAAACCCAAAAAUAUGAGACAGUUUUUUAAUUACUUGCGGGAGUGUACAUAUCUCAAGGCAAGCAACACUUGGUAAACUAUAUUUGAUGAGCUCUCGAAAUGGAGACAUUACUUUAGCUGUGUUACUUUCCCUUUUUCUUUGUGAAAACUUAAUCAUGAGCAUGUAAAUUCCUGAAAAACAGGUCAUGUGACUGAUACCGGCAUCACACGACGAAUCUAUAUGAUGCAUCAUGUGAUAUUUGACAGAAUGAUUGGCCCUUAUGAUGUGUCAGAAAUUAUGGCUUCACUGGAAACGAAAAAGAUUGUCUAAAUGAUUGUUCAACUGUAGUAGACAAACAACGAAUCGAAAAAAAAAAUUAUAAUUGACUUGUUCUUGUCUCUGUAUCUUCAGUGAUGAUUAUGCUGUUGUACUUCUUGAAGUCUUUUAACAUAGAGCAAUAUGUACAAAUAAGUGUCAUGUGAAUUAAAUGUGAAUGGAUAAUGCUUAUCUUAGCAAUAACAUUGUACAGAGGAUUAUCAAGGCGAAACUGUAGACCGAUUGUAAAUAGUGUUAGCUGGAAAAGUUGAAGAAAAAUAACAGUAUUAAAGAGUGAUUUUAUUGUUUUAUCAAAAUCUAAUUAUUCUGAAACAAAAAUUAUAACCAACAUUGGAGAGAAGAAAAGUUUUAAGAGUUAUGCCUAUUAUUAGACUUGGAACAAUUUCCCCUCAAACCUGGUAUGCAAGAAUAGGUUGCAUUUAAUUUAAAGUUACCCAGUUUUCCUGCAUAUUGUGACAAUGUUUUGAAACUGCAUUGCUGAAGCAUCUUCCCAGCUGUCUCUGAAUACUACCAGACUUUCCAGCCACAACAGUUUGCUUGCAUCAGACAUUUGGUUUUCUGUGGGUCCAGAGGUUAUCAAGGAAGUGGUUAGCUUCCAAAAUUUUUCUAGCAAUUGGUCUGUGGGCAGAUAGCUUUGCUGCAAGAGCUGGUCUACUUUCAAAUUUAAAUCCAAAAGUACAUCAUGCUGUGUAUUUGGUUUCAGCUGACAGCAUUUAAUCGCAGACACAUACAUGCAUGUAAUCUUUAAGCGAUAACUCAACUUACUGUUUGUAUUGAGUAUUUAUGGCAUUUGCCAGAAAGAGCAAAUCAAAACAUUAAAUACUAUUUCUUCAAAGCAAUAACCCUUGUAUAAAUUGUAAAUCUUCUCCAAAUAUCUGAAUCUAAUUUUCUCUUUAUCAGUGUCAUCUGUAAUUAAUAACUCAAAAUUCUAUCUAUCAAAAAAUCUGUAAAGUAACUCUCUCUUCCACCUUAUUCAUUAAUCAAUGCAUAUUUUGUGAACUGUUGGCAAUCAUUGUCAUUGAAACCUUAGUAGUAAUAUUUUCUUCCAACUAUCAAUACUUGUACACUUUCUUGUUCCUUUUAAAUAACUCAUAACAUACUGAGACAUUGUGUAUGCGUAGUUUAGACACAGCAUUGUAGUACACAUAGUUUAGUCUUCCUUUGUGUUGUGCCGUUCUGGCUUCCAGAAAACUAAUCAAAUUUCAAGGAAUAUAUUCACCAAAAGUCUAAGAAUAUUCCCCUCCAAGUAGACAUUCACACUGAUCAAUGAUGUAGUGAUCUUUCUACUCUUUGGAUGGAAAGAUAAACCACAAGUACUUAAAUCCCCGAAAGAAACAUUUUCAUCAAUCAAAAUUUGAGAAUUGAAAACUAAAGUUAGACUAUUGUUGACCAAAACAGAGCCUAUCAUUUUGUACCGUAGUUAAUGUAUCUCUAUGCAAUGUUUGGUGAAUUUGUUCUCCAUUCGAUUUCUGGCAGUGUGACUGUUGUAAACCAACUUUCCCAGGGUGUUUUUGUACGUGUAUGUGUCAUUACUUGACAUUGUUUACACCAUUAUGUAACACACUACUAAUGAAUAUUUUUGAAAAUUUGCAAAAAAAAGAGGAAAAUAGUUCAAAAUAAAAAAAAAUCUUGGGCCCAAAUACCACUUUCAUUUUUCAUAUACUGAUUAGAAAUACCAGUUGAAUCAAGUGGAAUGCCAGCACCAGCUGUUUAAGGUAGAAUAUUUUUGGAUUUGCUAUCACAACUUCCUUUGAUUUCCUUUGAUCCUGUAGUGUGUCAUUUCUAUUGAAAUGUGGAUGCUAAUCUGACUCAUUGGUGAUAUUUAUGAUCCAGGUUAGAGACCACCACGGAAAAGAUGAUGAUCUCAUGAAUGCUUCCUGAACCUUGUGCAAAAAUGCAGGCACUUUCAAAAACAAUUUGGAUUUAUACUCAAGGGUUUGGGCAUUCUGCUUUGAUUAUUAUCAAAUGUGUAAACUUUCUUUUUAAGAAAAAGUUUUAUCCAACCAGGGUAUGUUAAACAAACGCAACCGGAUUUGAUAGUAGGGGAAGAACUCAGUUCCUUUGCAGCAUUUUUGGACUGUUUAGGUUAGAUCCCAAAAGGCAGUUUGAUAUGGUUUGGAACCAUGUGGGUUUUUUGUUGGUGAGAAAGUGUGUUUAGCCAGUGAAAGAACCAUUGUAAUGGAAUGUGUUACUGCCUCGAUCAUUUUCACUUUGUGAGUUUUUGGUCAAAAAAUGGCCUCGGACUGAAGUGCACAUAACUACAGAUUGCUGAACGUCAACCUUUGCUGUGAGGGUUCAGACACAAAAACUAGCACCCUGUUGUGGUCUGUGAUAGGUCAGUAUUUCUACACUCUAGUUUAAUGUUGUGGAGGUUUUGUCUAGACUACAUCCAAUCGCCCUCCCUGACUAUUAGAUUGCCCUUCCCCUAGUACCCUUCAUUUUGGCAUAUCUUCCAGAAAUACUUUGCAUUGGUGACGAUAUUGUAUACCCGUGUGGAAGUUGCCCAGUACGUGAUGUGGAAUGCGAAGUUAAUUGCUGUGAAAUGAAGUUAACACUGUGCUUUCAUUGGAAUAUUUCUGUAGAGCGUAACAUAAUGAAUAGAUGAAGUUUCUUACAUAUUUGUAAAGUUUUGAAUUUUAGAAUUGUUUACAUGAAAAUACACCAUAUAGCAUAAAGUUUCAAAUACAUAGUGUUGACAAUUUUCAUUGUAUAACUUCCCGUAGACAUACUGGAUAUUGCUUUUGCUAUGAUGUGUAAUUUAUUGUAGGUAUGGUCAACAAAUUUGUGAAUUAUUUUAUAAAGGAAACAAAAGUUGUAAAGUUAUGAUAGCAGCUUCCGACAGAUUCUAGUUGUACCGUACUCUGUGAAUUUGUAAAAUAUGUAAUUUUUUCCCCAGUUUCUCCACAAAUUGCAUGAGUGAUAAGAAUUAACAGUGUACAAGAGAGAUUUCUCUGAAAAUUAUCAUAAUCAUCACCAGUUGGACUGUUAAGUAUGUAUUCGGUGUUUUUGUUUACUAUAAUCCAUUAUAACUGUGGCGUGUGUGAUUUUAAUAUAGAGGAUUUUGUUGUGAACUUCCUCAUAUAUACCUGUAGUUAAUAUGUAAAUGCACAUUGUUGCCCAUAGUGAUUGGCCAGAGCUUUGAUGACAUCACGAACUAAGGUUGUGACAAUUGGUGGAAUGUAUGAUGAUGUCAUUAGUGUCAGAAACCAAAUCCUGCUAUUGGCUAGCAAGGCAUGGGGUUAACAAAACAGGGUUGUGAUUGGUUGAAGUGUAAAGGAUGUCACAGUCACUUUCUCAGAAUUUUCAAUCAGAUUUUUACCUUAUUUACAGGAAAACAAAGAAAAGAAAAAUACACUGAUGUUAAUCUGCUGUUGCGCUUAAUAAGUUGAGCACAAAGUCAGCAUUUAGUUUUUUCUGCACCAGUUGCAGCUUUUUUUUUGAGACCUCCAAUUUUGCUGCCUGUUAGGAAAAGGCCUGGCAGGUGUGACGUCUGUUUAUUGCAGUGCUAGCAAGUAUUUAUCCUUAAUAAUCACAGAGGAAUUUGUUAAAAAAAAGUGUGCAAAAAUGAUUUACAAGGUGUGCAUUCCAGUAGUACGUUAUCUGUAGCCGAGUUGUAGUUUACGUCUGUGUAUGCAGUGUUGAAUGUGUUUUUAAUGUGAUUUUUCUGCUUGAAAUUUAUUUGAAAAGUGAGUGGCAAUCAUGAAAGGGACAUUUUAAAAUAAAUGUUUCCCUUUUCUUUUCUGUUUUAGUAGUGCUUGAAAAAAUAUGAGUCAAUUGUAUGAGUUUUUUUUUGUUGGAAGUGCAAAUUACUUUAUCCAAUUCUUUUCUACGUGUCAUAGGAGUAGUGAUGUCAGUACUUUCGAUAUUCCUCAUGUAUGAGACCAGUUUGAUGAGACUUGAUUUUGAUUGAAUGUAUGUACAUGUAUAUGAUUUAGUUAGGCAGAAGUAGCAGAUACUUCAUGUGCUGUGCAUACAGCACCAUGCCAGCCUUGUUCUGUCAAAGCAUAGGGCUUACUUUCUGUUGAAGCCAUUAGCAUUAAGAGACCCAAGCUAAAGUGUUGCCUGGCUGGCGGAGCACUGAUUUCACAUUUCUGAAGUGAAUUAACGCUGGAUUGUUCUGGUUUAUAUCUGUGAAUGAAAAAUUCAAAUUGAAAAAAUUAGACUCUGACAAGAUUAUGUUUUUCUCUGAAGGGACAAUUUUAUUUAAUAGCUGCACAAGACUGUAAAAUACAUAUAAAAUUAUUGGUAUGCACAUGGAACACUUCUAGCAACAGGUGUAUUUGUUUUUAAUAAACUAAAAGUACAGAAUACUAACAUUGCUAUUUCCUUUUCAGAGUGAACCAUAAUUGAUAUUUCUCUUUAAAUCUCUCCUAUAUUUAAUUGAAUGUCUUCCCAGUCGAUUUUUUUUAAGUUGAAUAAACCAUAGAAACCAAGAAA